CUCCCCCCACCCUCUCUUCUCCGCUUCCGGCUCCGCUCCCGUCCCGCCAUGGGCAACUCGCUCGCCUGCUUCUGCUGCUCCGGCGGCGGCGCCGGCCGCCGCCGCCACGUGGCGCCCGCCGCGCUCCCCUCCGACCCGGCCUACGACGAGGGCCUGGGCCACUCCUUCUGCUACGUCAGGCCGGAUAAGGUGCUCGUGCCCUUCUCCGCGGACGACCUGGUCGCCGACGCCAAGGCGGCCGCCGCGGCGGAGGAGGCCACCACGUUCCGGGCCAUCUCGGGGGCGGCGCUCAGCGCCAACGUCUCCACGCCGCUCUCCACGUCCGUGCUCCUCCUGCUGCCGGACGAAUCCGCCGCGUCCUCGGCCGCCGCCGCCUCCUCCGGGUUCGAGAGCUCCGAGUCCUUCGCCGCCGUGCCGCUGCAGCCCGUCCCGAGGUUCCCGUCGGGGCCGAUCUGCGCGCCCGCCGGCGGCGGGUUCCUCUCCGGCCCAAUCGAGAGGGGGUUCCUCUCCGGGCCCCUUGACGCCGCGCUCAUGUCCGGGCCCCUCCCGGGCGCCGCCGCCUCCGGUCGCAUGGGAGGCGCCGUGCCCGCGCUCCGCCGGAGCCUCUCCCACGGCGGCCGCCGCCUGCGCAAUUUCACGCGCGCACUUCUCGCGCGGGCGGAUAAGUUUCAGGAUUCGAUGGAUCUCGGCUCGCCGGACGCCGCCGCCGCCGUGGCCGCCUGCGGCGCCGAUUCAGCCGGGCUGCAGUGGGCGCAGGGGAAGGCCGGCGAGGACCGCGUGCACAUCGUGGUGUCCGAGGAGCGGGGGUGGGUGUUCGUCGGUAUCUACGACGGCUUCAAUGGUCCGGACGCCACGGAUUUCCUCGUCUCCCACCUCUACGCCGCCGUGCACCGCGAGCUCCGCGGCCUUCUCUGGGACCAGUGCGAGCAAGAGGAGCAGAACGACCAACACCCCGAGCAACCGACCAGCACCACGGCAUCAGAUCACCAGGACCAGGCUGCCCAUCGCCGCCGCGCCCGCCGAUCGAGACCCCCGCGCGGCGCCGACGAGGACCAACGGCGGUGGAAGUGCGAGUGGGAGCGCGACCUCUCCAGCCUGAAGCCGCCAACUCAGCGGCCCCCUCGGAGCAACAGCGAGAACGACCACCUCGCCGUGCUCAAGGCGCUUGCACGCGCGCUUCGCAAGACUGAAGAGGCCUACCUGGACGUCGCCGACAAGAUGGUCGGCGAGUUCCCGGAGCUUGCGCUUAUGGGCUCUUGCGUUCUAGCCAUGCUUAUGAAAGGAGAGGACAUGUACGUCAUGAAUGUAGGCGACAGCCGGGCUGUCUUGGGAACAAUGAACAGUGUUGAUCUCGAGCAGAUCAGCGAGGGUUCAUUUGACGGAUUGGUUGGGGAUUGCUCCCCGCUCUUGUCAGCUGUGCAGCUUACAUCCGAACAUAGCACUUCGGUGCGAGAGGAAGUUUGCAGAAUACGCAACGAGCAUCCUGAUGACCCGUCCGCAAUCUCAAAGGACCGUGUGAAGGGCUCGCUUAAGGUGACAAGAGCGUUCGGAGCUGGUUUCUUGAAACAGCCCAAGUGGAAUGAUGCACUGUUGGAGAUGUUCAGAAUAGACUACGUUGGGUCGUCCCCAUACAUCACAUGCAAUCCUUCACUCUUCCACCAUAAACUUAGCACAAGGGACAGAUUCUUGAUACUAUCUUCAGAUGGGCUUUACCAAUAUUUCACCAACGAGGAGGCGGUUGCUCAGGUAGAAAUGUUCAUCGCAACAACCCCUGAAGGCGACCCUGCUCAGCAUCUGGUGGAGGAAGUUCUUUUCCGAGCCGCCAACAAAGCAGGCAUGGACUUUCACGAAUUGAUCGAGAUACCCCAGGGGGACCGUCGGCGAUACCAUGACGAUGUGUCUGUCAUUGUAAUAUCUUUGGAGGGUAGAAUCUGGAGAUCAUGUGUGUAAAUAGAUCAGCCAUACUAGAUUAGAGAAACAAACGUACAGAGAAAGAGAGGGGGUUCUUGCAGACCUUUGAGCAGUUCUUGCGGCUACUCCACUCCUCCCCAGCUGCCACUGUGCAAUAUCAACGAAGCACUGGGUUGGACAUGGGCUUUGGAUCUCGGCGUAUCCAGCUGAACCACGAUGAAAUCCCCUGGCCGCCGCCGUCGCCGCCGUAUGAGGUGUUCAUGUAAAAGAGGAUUUGUUCAAUUAUUAAUAACUAUAAAAUCACGAUCAAUUGGUCAGCUUUCUUUGACUUU